AUGGCAUUUCAUCAUUUCCUUCCCUAUCUUCUCCUUCUUCUCUUAACAACUCUAUUUUCUGGAGUUUUUGGAUACCAUGUUUUCAUCAAAAGGUCUCUUAUGUACCCUUUUAACUGCUCUCUACAAUUCAGGACAUGUAAUGCUUCAUUAUACCACACCAAUGAUGGUUUCACAAAAGAACAACUUGCUUCUUUUUACAAAGUCAAUACAUCCCAAAUCAAGUCUAUAAUGCAUGCAAACAAGGAAGAUUUCCUCAUUAAUGUACCUUGUUCUUGCUCAUCCAUACAUGGAAUCAUCGGAUAUUUCUUCGACGUGCUCUACGCGGUGCAGCUAAACGACACUUUUCUGGAUGUUUCAGCCAAGUUUUAUAAUGGGCAAGCUUGGAAUUUUGAAGAGGAACUGCAAUACUUUCAGGCGGGUACAAACUUUACCAUGCAUCUUCUUUGUGGGUGUUCCGAAAGUGACUCCCAAAUUAUUGUGACCUACACAGUUCAGGACCAUGACACGCUAUCAGAUAUUGCAACUCUCUUGUCAGCCAGAUUGAGUAACUUGGUUAGAUUGAAUGGAAAUUUGGCUGACAAUCCAGCAUACAUAGAGCCAGGUUGGGUGUUGUAUGUGCCUACGGAGAAGAAUGGAAUUAAAUCAUCAAAAAAUGGUAAGAAACACAAGUGGGAAAUUGUUCUUGGGAUAUUGAUAAGCGUAACGGUGCUUUCAAACGGCACCCUGGUCGUCAUCCUUCUCAGAAGAAAAAGAUCCCAUAAAAAGAAAGAGGAAGAUCCAAAAGCAAUGUCCAAGAUUCUGAGUGCCAAAAAAUCCUAUUCCUUGCGCAAGAAUUUCGUUUGCACAGAAACCAUGGAAGAUGUUACAGGUUUUGAUUCAGAAAGGCCUGUGGUUUAUGGUCUUGAGCAGAUUGCAGAGGCAACAAGUGACUUUGAUGAGACUAAGAAAAUCGGAGAGGGCGGAUAUGGGAGUGUGUACUAUGGAGUACUUGGAGAGCAGGAGGUUGCCAUAAAGAAGAUGAGAUCGAAUAAAUCGAAAGAGUUUUUUGCGGAGUUGAAGGUCUUGUGCAAGAUCCAUCACAUAAAUGUGGUGGAGCUUUUGGGGUAUGCUUGUGGAGAUGACCACCUCUACUUGGUUUACGAGUAUAUUCAGAAUGGUACACUUAGCGAUCAUCUUCAUGAUCCAUUACUACAAGGUCACCAGCCACUGUCCUGGACUGCAAGAACACAAAUUGCACUGGGCACGGCAAAGGGCAUUGAAUACAUUCAUGACCACACAAAAGCACGGUAUGUACACCGCGACAUAAAGACGAGUAACAUCCUUCUUGAUGAGGGGCUCAAGGCUAAGGUAGCGGAUUUCGGUUUAGCAAAGCUUGUUGGACGAGCCAACGAAGGUGAUUUCAUUGCAACACGAUUGGUUGGAACACCGGGCUAUCUUCCUCCAGAAUCGGUGAAGGAGCUCCAGGUGACCCCGAAAACCGAUGUAUUUGCAUUCGGAGUAGUACUAUCAGAGCUGAUUACAGGGAAACGUGCACUUAUCCGUGACAACCGAGAGCCUAACAAGAUGAAAUCUUUGAUCACAAUUAUUAAGAGUAUAUUCCAAGUUGAAGACCCAGAGUCAGCUUUAGAAGCUGAAAUAGAUGGAAAUCUACGAGGCAGCUACCCCAUUGGAGACGUCUUCAAGAUGGCAGAAAUUGCAGAGUCUUGCCUGAGUGAAGAUGCAGUGGACAGACCAGAGAUGAGUGAGGUUGUUGUGAUGUUGUCUCAAGUUGCAAUGUCCUCUAUUGAGUGGGAAGCAUCUCUUGGAGGAAGCAGCCAGGUCUUCAGUGGGGUAUUCAAUGGAAGAUGA